UUUCAAUUUUUAAAAUUGGAUACUUGUUUCUUUCAAUUUGUUUUCACUUACUUUAAAGCAUGCCAUUUUAUCUCUCUUUUCCUAUUCUAGCAAAGGAAGGGGGUGAUGGAGGAAUUAGGUGGAGGUGCAGAAAAGAGGAGGAUGAAGAUGAAAGCGAUGGUUGCAAUAGAUGAGAGUGAUGGGAGCUUUUAUGCUCUUAAAUGGGCCCUUGAUAACCUCUUCAAUGUCAUGACUACUACGGAAGCAACAACAUCUCAAAAUGAGGGAAUGUUGUUUCUUGUUCAUGUUGAGCCCAUUUUCCACAAUUAUGUUCACCCCAUUGGACCAGCUGGUGCUGUAUGUCCCUUCACAGCUUUUUAUCCAGCAUCUCUAGUAGUGGAUUCGGUGAAGAAAGCCCAGCAAGAAAAAUCUGCUUCUAUUCUUUCGCGGGCUUUGCAAAUGUGCAAGGAUAAACUGGUAAAAGCAGAAAGUGUGAUUCUUACUGGAGAUCCAAGGGAAAUGAUAUGUCAGGCUGCAGAGCAGAUGCAAGUUGAUAUCUUAAUUAUGGGUAGUCGUGGCCUUGGCACGCUCAAAAGGGCAUUUCUUGGAAGUGUAAGUGAUUAUUGUGCACAUCAUGUAAAAGCACCUAUUCUCAUUGUGAAACCACCAGAGGGGGACCAUAAAAAGCACUCCUAGUUUUAUGUUUAAGCAAAUUUUCCAAUGGAUGUAAUGUCCUUUUUCUACUAUGUCUGGCUAGCUUGGUAUUUUUCUAAAAUUCCUGUAACUAAUGAUGAAUCAUGAAUGUAUUGAGAAAGAAACUUGAGUAUUUGUUAUAUGUGCUUUUUUAGUAUAUUUA